AUGUCCGAGAUGUGUGAGAAGGUUUAGAAGGAAAUUAAUUUAUAUAUUCAUUAUUUUGUCUUAUAGGUAAAAACGUUCGCAGUUAUGACAAAAGACAGGCUUGUUUUUAUUGCGGGGAGUUGUGCUCCAAGGUUUCAAGACAUAUAUUUCGGAAGCACAACAACGAGAUUGAAGUGAAAUCGAUAUUGGGCCUGAAGAAGGAAUCACAGGAAAGAAAAGACCGCCUGGAAAAGUUGAGGCUGGAAGCAAACUUUCACCACAACCAAUCCGUAAUUGAAACUGGGGAAGGCGAGUUGAUUCUACUGCGUCGGCCCAAUAACGAUCUACCGGUGUGUAACAACGAAGAUUUUCUUCCAUGUCGGUACUGCUUAGGAUACCUAAAAAGAUUGUUAUUAUGGAAACACAAUCUUGUGUGCAAGUUCAAGCCAAGCGAAUCGAAAAAGCCUGGUUAUGCAAAAGUUCAAAAGGAGGCAAAGAUGAUGAUAACGCCAUCAAUAACGAACGAAGAGAACGAAAACUUGAAUCGAGUUUUUGCCACGAUGAAGAGUGAUAACAUUUCUUCGGUCGCCAAAAAUGAUUGGCUGAUCAAGCAAGUCGGCUGCAUUCUAGUUGACAAGCAUGGGUCAAAGCCAACAGCUGUAGUCAGCCAGACCAUGCGAGAAAUGGGACGCUUGCUGGUCCAACUAAGAGAACUGGAGUUUGCUCCAUAUGCCGACUUGCUUGCAUUUAUCAAACCCGAAAAGUUUGACACCGUAGUCAAGGCCGUAAAAGAAAUUUGCAAGUUCCAAAUGCAUGAUGGCAACCAGACAGUUGGCACACCAUCUUUUGGACUGAAACUCGGCCACCAUUUAAAGAAGUGCGCCGCUACUGUACGAGCAAAAGGCAUACGCACUCGCGACAGAAACAUACAAGAAGAUGCCAACAAUUUUGAGACCCUGAUGGAGCAGGAAUGGCAGUACAAAAUAUCUCAUCACUCUAUUAACACGCUGUCUGCUCGAAAAUUUAACAAGGUAAACAUCUUGCCGUUGACCGAAGAUCUGGAGAGGCUGAGAAAAUACCUUCAGUGUAUAAUAACUAGAUGUCGCAAAGAUCUGGAGUCAACACCACUCCUAGAAGACUGGGUUAUGCUUGCAAAAGCCACUCUAACAAGACUAGUUAUGUUCAAUAAAAGGCGAGGAGGAGAAGCUGCAAAUCUUCUCCUCUCCGCAUUUCAGGAGAGGCCAAAUUGGAAGGAGGCAAAUAGCUCCGAAAUUGUCAAAUCCUUAAACAAGUUUGAGAAAAACCUCUCGGAAAUGUAAGUAAAGUCAACCACAGUAUGUCUAAUUUAAUUAUUUACAUGUUCUAACAAAAUUUGAUUGGUUCGCUAAAAUUUACAUGCAAUUACGUAAUGAUACAAAAAUAAUCGCAAAGACGUUUUUGGGAAAUUAGUCAUGAGCAGCUCUUUAACGUAGGCCCGUUACUAAUACCGCGGGCGUAUUUCAUAUUCGUCUGAGUAGUUUCUCGAUAUAUGAGCAACCGAAAUAGCCUAUAUAAGUAUAUACAUAAUAUUCUUCAGCUUGAGGGGUUUAGUGUUGGUUGUGAAGUUGAUGAUAGAAAGAUCUUGAUUGUGAGGAUCACAAUCAAGAUCUCGGAGCAAGAUGAGAACCCACGCACAAUGGGAACCCACGCAGGGUGUCUGCCCUAUUUAAUAACAGCGAUAUAAAUCUCUGUCUGUCUGUCUGUCUGUCUGUUUGUCUGUCUGUCUGUCUCUCUCACGUUCAGCACUUUUGUUUUGAUUUCAGGUUGGAUAUGGUAGAGGUUCGCGGGAAACGAGGCCGUAAGGUGCCAAUUAUUUUAACACCAGAGCUCAAAACCAGCAUAGAGCUCCUAAAUCGUACAAGAUCUGCGGUUGGCAUUCCGGAAGAUAAUCCAUACGUUUUUGCAAACGCAUCCAAAAAGUCGCUAAAUCACAUGCGUACUUGGUCUUGCAUGAAUCAAUUUGCCUUGGAAUGUGAUCCUCCACUGACUAAUCCCAAGAACAUCACCAGCAACGGAUUGAGGAAAUACAUUGCAACCAUUUCCCAAGUAUUGGCCAUGAAGGCCACCGAGAUGGAUUGGUUAGCCAGACAUCUCGGUCACGAUAUAACAGUCCAUCGGAAUUAUUACCGGUUGCAUGAAUCCACCUUGGAAAUUGCCAAAGUAAGCAAGUUAUUGCUUGCUGUAGACAAAGGAAAAACCAGCCAACUAGUUGGAAAAUCUUUAACUGAAAUUGGAAUUGAUGGUAUGUGAAUGAUACUACAUUAUACACUUAAUGUUAUUGUAAUGUAAGUAGCAGUUCGUGUAGCCGAGUAAAACCGUAAAUAAGAGCAAAUUACAAAGGAUAUAAACUAACCUUUAUUUAAGCAAUGGCCGAACUAACUCAAAAGCACAUUGUUACAUAAGUUAUGCGCCUGCGUAAUUACGCUAAUUAAUGCAACUUAAAUAUGCAAGAUAUAACAGUUAUAAAGCUAGGGUGCACACCAAACGUGAUUGGCUGAAUUGUGGUCACGUGGCUUUAGGGGAAUAGUUAGUUUUGUUUUGUUGAGAAUCUCGACUUCGUCUUGGGUAACAUACCCUGGGUUCAGGGGUUUUCUGGUGUUCAGGCGAAUUUUAGGACGUGACAAGGCGGAGAAAACCUCUGGGCGCGACUUGUCGAAUUUCAUUUCUGUGACGUAUUUAUUAAUAUUUCGCACUUCCGGUCUGAACUCUGAAGGGUGAAGUCAAAUACGCAUUCAACGAAAACAAACUAUUAUCCCCUUGACCAAAUUAUCUUUUUUGCCAAUGUUAUAUUGCUGUACUUGGAAGAGGAAAAUGUAAUAUUUUCUCUGGGAAGAGUUCCGAAUGAACUGGCGCAUCGGCUUUCUAUUUUGGAGCCGAAUGUGUCUCGAAACUAUGGAUUACAAUCGGUCGGCAGGCUCGGAGACUUGAAUAUCAGCAUUGAGUUCCAUUCGAAAAAGAAUCCGUCUGUUCUAAACAGUUUCAAGUGACAAGUUCAAAAUACAAGCAGCAGUCGAGUACAUAUUUUAAUAUUUGUUAAACAAGUAAUGAUAGCGAUUGAAUUAGUACUUUUAUGUUUUAAAUUUGAUAGAGAAUGUUCUGUAUCUGUAUUGGAAUUUACAUGUGUAUGUUUACAUGAAUACAUACUAAAAUAAUAUAUGUGAGCCAAAUACCUUGCCGAGAAACUACAUUCAAAGAACCGAACAUACAUUAGUACAACAAAAUUCGACUCAAGAUAUACAGAAUUAAUAUUGUAAUUAUAUUUAAAAAACUCAUUAAUAAUUCAUGAAGAAAACACAAAGAAAAAUCAUAAGCGUGUCGUAUCUGUAUAUGUGAUACAGAUUCAUGUUGAUUUACAUAAACUUUAACUUUGAUUUUCUCGGCUUAGACAACGUUUAUUUUUGAAAUUACUUCGCCAAUGAACUUUUAAGUCAUUUACAACAUUCGCGUCCGUGUUGUAUCGGAUAUACAAACUCUCGCCUUCGGCUCGAGUUUGUAUAUCCGAUACAACACGGCCGCUCAUGUUGUAAAUAGUACAUAUAAAACACAAUGACGCUAUUUGAUAUAACUGUUUUGGAAUAACAUGAACAUCAUCUGAGACGACAACCAACAAAUUCACACCAUAAGCAUUUCCACGAAGCAUCUUUUUUGUUAACGAAAUGCACUCUGUUAAUGAACAGUAUAAUAAAAUACAGGGAAAGCUUUUCCGAAUUUCGAACAAUGUGUGUUGUGAUAUUAUCAUUAUGUUUGCUUUGCCGAUAAACCAAUCAGAUCUCCAGGGUCAAAAUCUGACCCUAGACAUCUGAUUGGUUUGGCGCGAUCAAUCAAUCAACAGCUCGCGCCCAGGGGAUUUCCAAGCUUGGCCAGCACCGCCUGAGUGCAGGCUACAGCUUCAGCGAAACAGGAAAUCCCCUGAUCCAGGGUACGGGUAGCAUUGAGAUUUGAGGGAAAACAAAACUAACUAUUUCCCAAGGGAACAGGCAUUAAGUGUUUUGUUAUAUUAUAGCGACGAAAUAAAAAUCGACAUUCAACAACAUUCAUACAAAAUUGUAUUUCGUGGCAAAAACUAUAUAGAUUAAACGAUUUUAAAAUUAAAAGGACCUACUUAAACGGUCUCAGCAGCAUAUCCUGUUGCCUGUUGUGUAUUUUUCUUGUCUUUUAUAGUCUUUACGUUAACACAAACGACCACAAACUUGGAAACUUGCUGUUUCUAAUUAUGCGAGUUGAGCCGCCAAUUUGUUUAUUUACGUACGUAGCCGGUCGGGGUCGGCUACAAUUUUUCACUUGUUUCCCGGCGGGAUACAUUGCAUUUAUCUAAAGCAACGCGACCACAAUUCAGCUAAUCACGUUUGGUGUACACCCUAGCUAUAUAACAAUAGUAAUUAUUAUAUACCUGUAGCAUUUUUCUAGUGUUUUAUUGGCUCUCCUAAAUUUUGAAAAUUAACAUUUGUUUUGAUACGUGUCGGUACGUUACGCAUGAAGUGGAAAACGGCCUUAAUUAAGACUACAAAGAGAAUAUUGUGCCGAAAAAGAACUUCCUACGGAGUUUGAAAAUAUAAACAAAGUAGAACUCGACAGCCUAAGUAACUACAGUGUUUAAUUUAACAUUUUAACAACGUUAAAAUGCAGCUAUUGGCAAUGUUAAAAUGCAGCUAUUGGCCGGAUAGCAGUAUGUUUUGUGGACCCUCGACGUUUCCCUCAGCUUCGCCUCAGGAACACCGACGGUCUCGGGUUCACAAAACAUACUGUUUCCCUCGCUCCCAGUAAAUAAGUGUUAAUUAUAUCGAUUAUUGAUUUGCUACUUACUUUGACAAAACGGCUUGCUGCAGUUUUAGAAAAUGCUCUAGGUAAAUGUCGCGUUGUAAUCGGAGGUGGCGCAACCAAUCAGAGUUGAAAUAUAGCUACAGUUAGUAAAUAAUUGGCCGUUUUAUUGAUAAUCAUGCACAUAUUUUUCGGAAUAAAUUUUCUUUUUCUUUCAAUAGCACACCUUUCAAUUGACGUCACAAUUUGUCUGCAUUUUUCAAUAUUCCUUGAUUUACUGAAAUGCGCAGUUUUCAGGUUUCUAAAGAUUAUUUUAUAACAUUUAAUAUUCAAAAAGCAAUUUUACCAUUUUCGCUCAACGUGCAAUAUAGAUUGAUUUCAAGACGGAUUGUACAUAAAUGUCACAAUAAUAAGUUCAUGAAGAAAUAUUUUAAGCGUAAUAUUUUUUAUUGCAAAUGCUGUAGAUAUACCUGAAUUCUCUGAAGAAAGCGACCAGAGUGAAGACGAUACCGGUGAAAUACCCAGUACCUCUACCACCAGUGGUAAGUUCGGAUCACUGAUUCAAAUGGAAAAAGGGUUUUACAGUGAAAUAGUGAUAUAUUAUCAAAGGACGAAACUGUUUCAGUAUAAAAUAUGUGAUAGUUUUCUGGUCCCCGCAAAUAUGGUGUCUAUAAUAGUGUUUUGGUCCCUACACAUGAAGUAUUUCAAUAAUAUAUUUCAGAUCUAUGUUUAAUUAACAGUGCAUAAUAGAGUCCCGUUCCCCGCAAGGAUGGUGUACAACAGUGUUCCGGUCCCCACAAAUAUGGUGUAUAAUAUUGUUCUGGUCCCCACAAGUAUGGUGUGUAUAAUAGUGUUGCGGUCCCCAUAAGUAUGGUGUGUAUAUUAGUGUUCCGGUCCCCACAAGCAUGCAUGGUGUAUAAUAGUGUUCCGGUCCCCACAAGUAUGGUGUAUAAUAGUGUUUCGGUCCCCACAAGUAUGGUGUGUAUAAUAGUGUUGCAGUCCCCAUAAGUAUGGUGUGUAUAUUAGUGUUCCGGUCCCCAAAAGCAUGCAUGGUGUAUAAUAGUGUUGCAGUCCCCACAAGUAUGGUGUAUAAUAGUGUUCCGGUCCCCACAAGCAUGCAUGGUGUGUGAUAGUGUUGCAGUCCCCACAAGUAUGGUGUAUAAUAGGGUUCCGGUCCCCACAAGUAUGGUGUGUAAUAGUGUUCCGGUCCCUACAAGUAUGGUGUGUAUAAUAGUGUUCCGGUCCCCACAAGUAUGGUGUGUAUAAUAGUGUUCCGGUCCAGUCCCCACAAGUAUGGUGCAUGUAAUAGUAUAUGGUGCAUGUAAUAUAUAAUAUAUACUAGAAAUACAUGCAUGCAGCAACCCCUCGCCCAUAUUUUCCAAACAUUGUUUUAACAUCGUUUAACACGAAGUAUUCUUAGUUACACUGAACGCAGGCUUGCUUUGCUCACAUCAUCUUGCUCGUGUCAUUUUGCUCUUGCCAUGGCAACACGAUCAUUGUUUUUUUUUACAAAACGGCAAAACUACAUGGAAAUUUAAGGUGGCUCAAUACAGUAUUUUCAGAAGUAGAAACUUAACGAUUUGCGUCCGAUAUUUUGGACUGUUAUUACACAGAGUUGGAAAACAAAUCGUGUUUGAGUUUUAUAAAAUAACAUCGGCAGAGUUCGAAUUUUGUAACAAAAGUCACGUAACUGUCGUUGCCAUGGAGACAAUGACGUUUCAAUAUGGCGGAUAUUUCGUCUUUUAAGUAACUUAACUCGUAAACGAGUUCGGUGACCCCCAUUUUUUAUUUCAUAAACUGAUUUCUUAUAAAAUUUUGAAAAUAUUUGACGAUUUGAAAAAAAUAUUGUUGAUUCAAAUUUUUCCAAAUUCGUUAAACGUGAUUAUUCGCGGUAAAACAUUUUUCAGUCAACAAAAUUUUUUUAAAACGUCAAAUAUAUUCAAAAUUUUAUAAGAAAUCAUUUUAUAAAAUAAAAAAUGGGGGUCAUUGAACUUGUUUUCGAGUUAAGUUACUUUAAAGACGAAAUAUCCGCCAUAUGGAUACGUCAUUGUCGCCAUGGCAACGGGAGUUACGUGACUUUUGUUACAAAAUUCGAACUCUUCCGAUAUGACGUUAUAAAACUCAAACACGCUUUGUUUUCCAACAAGUAACAAAUAUCCAAAAUAUCGGACGCAGGUCGUCGAUUUUCCAUUUCUUAAAAUACUGUAUUGAGCCACCUUUUAAGUGUUAAAACACUUUUUAAUACUAUAGAACUAUCAAUUUCUGAAAUAUAUAAAGUAGGUAUGUUAUGUUGCAUUCUAUAGGCUUUAUUUUAAUUUAAAAUUCAACACGAAACUUUUCGUAAAACGUUUUUAAAUGUUUACUGGGAAAAUCAAUUCAAAUUGGUUAUUUUAACCUAUCCGUUUUUACGGUGUACACACCAUGCAUAUACUUGUGGGACCGGAACACUAUUACACACCAAACUUAUGGGACGAGCAAACUUAUGUGAGUGGUAUUUCUAUUUAUUAAAGCAGUCCCGUCUUAUAAAUAUUUGAAUAAUUACAUAUUAAUUAUUCAAUUAUUUUAAGACAGUAUACGUUAUACUUAGGACAGUACAUUUUAUAAGACAGUUGUAUUUUUUCGUAAUAAUUUGCGAUGACCGGAGCACUUUGAGGACUGGCAAACUUGUGGGACCUUUUCUGGUCUCCCUGUGCUCUGCUUCUGCAUUUAUAUAUUUGUGGGUUUUUUUCAUAUAGCGAGCCAAUCGAAAACUACCAAGCGUGCCAAGGAAAAAACAAUUCCAAUAACAAGUAUGUAAAUAAAUAUUCUUAAAUGAUAAAUUAUUAGAAAUCUAGAAAUACAAUAUUUUUGGGUUUUUUUCAUAUAGCAAGCCAGUCGAAAACUACCAAGCGUGCCAAGGAAAAAACAAUUCCAAUACCAAGUACGUAA